AAUGAUUACUGGAAAAAGAAAAAUAUUCCACAUCUUAAACCGAGAUUAAUUUUUGGUAACUUUAGUGAUUAUAUUCUAUUUAGAAAAAGCGCUCCGAUUAUUGUAAGUAAAAUUUGUGACCAGUUCCCCGACGAGCCGUACGUCGGCGUAUUCUAUGGUACAGCACCAGCUCUCGUCGUCAAAGAUCCUAAGCUUAAAAAUACGGACUACGCUAACCGAGAAGCGAUAACCAAAAAUAUAUUUUUCAACGGAGGCGAUCCUUGGAAAGUAUUCCGACAGAAUUCAAGUCCACUCUUUACAUCUGCAAAACUAAAGAACAUGUUUCCAACGAUCAAGGAGUGUGCUAAGGAAAUGGACUCGUUCCUUGAAGAAGAAAUCUGGGAAGAGGAAACUUACAUUGUUGGAGAUAGUUUCGCUAAUAGCGAAAGUAGUGACAAGAAGAUAGAAAGAAUGGAAGUGAAUGAAGACUUACUUGUAGCGCAGUGCACGGGUUUUUUCGGGGCCGGUUUUGAAACAACGUCAUCUACACUCAAUUUUCUUCUUUACGAAUUAGCAAAAAAUAAACGAGUUCAAGGCAGAGUUCUAGAAGACGUAGACGCAUACUUAUCAAAAUACGGCGAAAUGCCUUAUCUUGAAGCAUGUAUUGACGAAACUCUUCGUCUCUAUCCGGUAUUGGGGAACGUCACCAGAGAAGUGAUGAGUAACUACACAUUGCCAACAGGUCUUCGACUACAGAAAGGAGAUCGCGUUGACAUACCUGUUUAUCAUAUCCAUCGACACCCAGAUUUCUUCCCUGACCCUACGUCAUACCGUCCCGAACGAUUCUUUGGCGAUGAGAAGAAGAAAAUCAAACAAUUCACCUUCAUGUCAUUCGGUGAAGGUCCAAGAGUUUGUAUUGGUAAAUAUUAA